AUGCAGUCAGUCGGUGAGGGACCUCAUUGUCUCAAAGAGUCAACAGCGUCCUACCUGGGACAGUACCUCUGCAAGCCCGUGGAACAGGCAGAACAUGAAAAGAGGGAAAGUGAAGAGUUUCAAAGCCUUCGCAAGAACACUGACACCAGCAUCAAGGUGAAGAGAAAUUACACGGCCGAUAAUGACAGGGGACCUAAGGCUGUGACUCCGAGAAAGAAGGUCAGAAAGGCGGGAAGAGCCUGGAGCGUCCUUUGUGCUGGUCACCACAACAACAGAAUCAGGGCCUGCGAUACACACGGCUGUGGAGCUUUUAAUUCCAAAAGAGUUAAUGGCCUCCAUAAAGCAGUGGACCUGGUGUGUGAUGACUACGGUAUCAUCAACGCUCCAUUCUCAGGGUCCCUGGCGGGUCCAGUGAGUCAGAAAGACCCAGCUGGCAAUCACUAUGACGGGGUCAAACUUCUCAGUGAUGUGCACUGCGUGAAGAUCUUCAACAUCCGUCCUUACCGGUACUUAGGCCCCGUGGCUCAGGGAGAAGCUUUGGGAUAUCUGUUGCCGCUGCAGGAACACUUCUCUGGCAUCACAUCUCAUCUGGAGCUGCAAAUGUGUGAUGGUACUGACCCUUCACCUUUCAUAUGA